GGGGGAAGGGUGCAGGGCGGGUACCUAGGCAAGGCGGGGAGGAGGACGCAAGGGCGAUCCUAGGGAAGGCAGGGGGCAGGCGAAAGGGGAGAACGCAGGGGGUAGUUACCCUGCGGGACCAGGGUUGGUGUGUGCGGCAGGGGUUUAGCCCUGGGAGAGGGCGUUUCCCAGGACGUUGGUUAUGGGGGUCCCCACACCGGUAUGCGCGGGGCACAGUUCUGAACACGGCGCCGUGCCUGGCUCUUCGGCGGCGCUCUGGGGCUUGUAGUGCCUUGCGCCAUCUUGCCAGUGUGGGCAGCAGCUCCAGCGAACUCUCCUUCCCAGCGUGCAAUGCGCCACAGCGCGGGGGCGGGGCCUUUGGCGGGGUGCCUCUCGGGAGUUGUAGUCAGGGCGUGCGGGAAGUGGCUUGUCAGGGGCGGGGAGCGGACUCGGAUUCCCGUCGGGGCCGCGGCCCCAUUGUGGCCGGGCCCGCAGCCCAUUGGCUGGCGGAGGGAGCUGGGCCUCGCUCCCCGUCUGGUGACACAAUAGCGAAUCCAAGAUGGCGGAUCCGGGUGCAGGGAGCUUGCACGGGGGGGACGGGGGGCUGUCGUGCCCGCUCGAGGAGCAGGAGCUGAGCCAGCGCCUCCGCCGCCUCUACCCGGCCGUGAACCAGGCCGAGACGCCGCUGCCCCGCUCCUGGAGCCCCAAGGACAAGUACAACUACAUCGGCCUCUCGCAGGGCAACCUGCGCGUCCACUACAAAGGUCAUGGGAAAAAUCACAAAGAUGCUGCAUCAGUCAGGGCUACACACCCCAUCCCUGCAGCUUGUGGCAUUUAUUACUUUGAAGUGAAGAUUGUCAGUAAAGGUAGAGAUGGGUACAUGGGAAUAGGACUCUCAGCCCAAGGAGUCAACAUGAACAGACUUCCCGGUUGGGAUAAACAUUCGUAUGGUUACCACGGUGACGACGGGCAUUCCUUCUGUUCUUCUGGGACCGGGCAGCCCUAUGGCCCCACCUUCACUACUGGAGACGUGAUUGGCUGCUGCGUCAACCUCAUCAACAACACCUGCUUCUACACAAAGAAUGGCCACAGCUUAGGUAUAGCCUUUACAGACCUCCCUUCAAAUCUCUAUCCCACUGUGGGGCUGCAGACACCAGGAGAAAUCGUAGACGCCAACUUCGGGCAGCAGCCGUUCGUGUUUGACAUUGAGGACUACAUGAGGGAGUGGCGAGCAAAGAUUCAGGGCACCAUUAAGCGGUUUCCCAUAGGAGACAGACUAGGCGAGUGGCAAGCAAUGCUGCAGAAUAUGGUGUCUUCCUACCUGGUUCAUCAUGGGUACUGUGCAACAGCGACGGCCUUUGCCAGAGUGACAGAAACCACAAUCCAGGAAGAACAGACCUCCAUAAAGAACAGGCAAAGAAUACAGAAGCUAGUCUUAGCAGGCAGAGUGGGAGAGGCUAUAGAGGCCACGCAGCAGCUGUACCCUGGCCUCCUAGAACACAACCCUAACCUGCUCUUCAUGUUAAAGUGCCGACAGUUUGUGGAGAUGGUGAAUGGAACAGACAGCGAAGUGCGGUGUUUCAGUGCCCGCAGUCCCAAGUCACAGGACAGUUACCCAGCAUCCCCCAGCCUAAGCCCCAGACACGGAUCGAACAACUCGCAUGUUCACAGCACAGGAGCAGACAGCCCAAGCUGUAGCAACGGAGUCACAUCCACAAAAAGCAAACAAAGCCACAGUAAAUACCCAGCACUGAGUUCAUCGUCGUCCUCUUCCUCCUCUUCCUCUCCUUCGUCGGUGAACUACUCUGAGUCCAAUUCAACAGACUCCACCAAAUCCCAGCAGCAUAGCAGUACAAGUAACCAGGAGACCAGUGACAGUGAGAUGGAGAUGGAGGCUGAGCAUUACCCCAAUGGAGUCCUUGAAAACUCCUCCACCAGGAUAAUGAAUGGCACCUACAAACAUGAAGAGAUCCUCCAGACGGACGAGUCCAGCAUGGAAGACGGCUGCCCCCAGAGGCAGCUCUGCGGGGGGAACCAUGCUGCCACAGAGCGAAUGAUCCAGUUUGGGCGGGAGCUGCAGACUCUGAGCGAGCAGCUCUGCAGAGAGUACGGGAAGAACACGACGCACAAGAAGAUGCUGCAGGACGCUUUCAGCCUGCUGGCGUACUCUGACCCCUGGAACUGCCCUGUUGGGCAGCAGCUGGAUCCAAUCCAGAGGGAACCUGUGUGCGCUGCUCUCAAUAGUGCUAUAUUGGAAUCUCAGAACCUGCCAAAGCAGCCCCCGCUGAUGCUUGCCCUGGGCCAGGCCUCCGAGUGUUUGCGGCUCAUGGCUCGUGUGGGCUUGGGUUCCUGCUCCUUUGCCAGAGUUGACGACUGUUUGCACUAGCCACCAGAGGAGAUGGAGUGACGUCCUCCAGUGCUGCCCUUCGCCCUCCAUUGCCACCACCGCCUCUUCCCUCGCCUGACCUCCCUGCUGCCCGGCCCCCCCCGCCCCGGGAAGAGACAGAGCGCUGACUGAGUCAGUCCCUCCGCACCAGGCGUCCCCGUCACGUGCCGUUGGCGGAGCCGGGCAGCGGCUGGCAGACCUCUCCCAUCUCCCCACCGUCACCGCGGCUGCAGCAGCGCUCAGUAAUUCGCUGGUUAAUCUAAUGUAGAGCCUUCCGAUUUAGGUCUUUCUCUUUAUUUUUUUCUGACUGAGCCACCAGUAUUUAUAUCUGGAGAGUUUGUGCUGAGCUGGUUUCUGCUAAUUUAGUGAUAAAGCUCAUCCACCUGGGUGACAGCUUCUUAUUUUCUUAAGUAAAAAAGAUCUAUACCCGUCCCCACACAUGAACAUCCAGUAUUUAUCUCCAGUGCUAGUGACCUGAGCUCUUCCCCAGAGGGCAGCUCAAGGUGUUUAUUUGGAUCCCAUUCAUUAAAAAGGUCUCUUCCACCUCA